AGCGGAUUCAUAAUGCCCAGCCGUGCACACCGCUACAUUUGCAGCUAAUCAGGAGCGCGCAGUUGCAGAAAGGAGAGCGGUUGCCAAGGCAGCCACCAAUCUCCCCUCCCCCUUUUCUGCCUCCGUUCCUCUUUCCCGUUUAUUAUCGGCAGAGGUCGCAUGGCAGAGAGGGAAGUCCGCGCACUUCUGUAUUGGAACCACUGCGAGAAUAUGCAGGUCCAUGAGGAGUGCUGAGUUGUGCGCUUAUCCCGCGUAAAACUACUGGAAAACACACGGAUAUCAAUUUGGAAGGAGGCUUUUGUUUGUUUUGGUCCGCGGGAGAGUUUUGCCAGCACGUGCUUGUCUGGGCAUUUGUGUUUGAGUGAGUGUUUGACAAAUUGGCAUCCUUGUCUCGCUCGCAUCUCCAGAGUUGUUGGAAGUUCGGAGAGUGGAUGUUGAGGAGAGAGCGCUCCGAGUAGCAGCAAGCUUUCUCCCCGCGGCUUGUUUGUCUAACUGUAUUGAGUCCAGGGCGCGCGGAGAAGUGUGGUUUCAUGCCUUCAGUGUCGCUCCGCCUGAGAUGGACGUGAGGUUUUACCCUGCACCCCCGGCGAAUGUGGGUUCAUGCACUCUACCGACUGACCCAAGUUGUCUGAGCUCGUUGGACUAUUACCACCCGAACAAGGCCCGGUACACUGCGAGGCUGCACCCUGACCCCCCCUCUGCCAUCAGCCCCGCUAGGAAAAGACUGCCCGCUGCCCUGUUUGAUGGUGACAACAUGUACAUGAAUGACAAUAACCAAGAGUUUCGGUCGCCAAACCAGGGUUACUCCAGUCAGGGCAGAGGCAGUGGAGGAGGAGGUGCGGGAGACGAAGACUACGAGAUCCCCCCCAUUACCCCUCCAAACCACGCUGACCCCUCCCUCCUGCACCUCAUGGAGCACGAGCCGGGGUACCCUUUCCACUCUCUGCCCCAUAACGGCCUCCUCAACUCCUACUCCUACCCCGAACUGCCCGCCCUCAUGAUGUCCAACAUGCUGAGCCAGGACUCCCACCUCCUCUCAGGGCCCAUGCACUCAAUAAAUAGUGAGAAGAGGGGUGCCGCGGACAUGAUGAAGCCCAAGCCCAAACCUCAGAAGAAGAAGAAGAAGAAAGACCCGAAUGAGCCGCAGAAGCCGGUGUCUGCUUACGCACUCUUCUUCAGGGACACUCAGGCUGCCAUCAAGGGACAGAACCCCAACGCCACCUUCGGAGACGUGUCCAAGAUUGUGGCGUCCAUGUGGGACAGCCUCGGGGAGGAGCAGAAGCAGGGCUACAAGAGGAAAACAGAGGCUGCCAAGAAGGAGUACCUGAAAGCACUGGCCGCGUACCGAGCCAGUCUGGUUUCCAAGACUUAUAAUGACCCAGAACCAAAAAGUGCCCAGCAGACGAGCCAGUCGUCCCACCUGUUGCCCCCAAAGCAGCCCCUGUACAGCGUGCCCCCUCAGCCCUCCUCUCCAUACCUGGGACCUCCGGGCUCCUUCCCCCUGUCAGAGCUGCAGAGCUACGGGCCGCGCCACAGCCUGGCCCCCGCCCUCAGCCAGUCUCAGAUGCUCCCCCCCAGCAUGAGUGCCUCUCCCCCCACCUCCUUCCAGAUCAGCCCGCCGCUGCACCCCCACGCCCAGCUCUCCCUGCACCAGAGCUCCCUGCUCAACCAGCCAAUCCGGAUGCAGCAGUCACAGCCAAUCAUCUCGCACCAAAUGGGUCUGCAGCCACCCCUGCACUCGCCCCCCCUCAGUCAGCAGGGAUUCUCUCACCUGCCUCCGGAUUACCAGAACAGUGUGGGCGGAUCCCAGUCUCCAGGAGCCCCCACCUCCGGACAUGGACCAAACCCGGACUGGGACGGAGAGUACUGCAACAGGGACUGUGGGCCUAACCACUGCGGCAGUGGCAUGGGCGCCCGGGACAAGCCUCUCUACCUCACUUGAAUUUGAAAAACCUCCAAAAGUCUGACUCCAGGGAGCUUUCCAACAUCACCGGCCUCGACACCAUUUUGUUUCUCUGUGUUUUUUCUUCCUUGUGGAUUCAACAGGUCCCAAAGACUGCUACAGUACCUUCACCUAUUGCCAAGCACUUAGAUCGGCCAGACGCCUGGGGCACUUCUCUUUCGCUUCAGUUUUUUAUUUUGGAUUUUACUUAUCAAUGAACUCUGCUGUUUUUGCCAGGGCAGAGGGCUCAAAGCUCAUGCCAACAUACUGGAAAUGAAGACCAAAAAUGUCUUCUCAUUCGAUUUUGAAUUUUUUAAGAGACAUUUUUUCUGCGGUUCACUCCAGCGCUCGAUUUUGCCAUGGACUGCCCUCUUUGGGGAGAUGCUCAGAGCAAAUGCAAUGUAAGAAAGUAAAAUUUUGUUACCUCUGCUGGGGUGAGUAAGCUUCGAAUUGUCCGAUUAUCUAGUCACCAAUGCACAGGACAAGUCAUCUCCUAUAAGGACUCAUGUUUUCCUCACAGAGUGUAAAUAUCACCAAAUGGAUCCUGCUUAUGUGUGUACUUAGCUAAAUCCCUUGCUUUAAUUCAUUUUAAAUUCUCUUUUUGUUGAUGUGGUUUUGUGCCGGCGGAUUCAGUGAGGGAAUAUACACACACUAAAUUGAAAACUGUGUUCACUGAUGAUGGUUUCUCUUCAAAAUAAAAGACAAGAGAAACUGCAAAAAGUUUGAGAGAGGCGGCUCCAAAAUAAGAGUCCUUUCUCAUCACGUGACCUCAGGACUUCACUGAACUGCGGAGGUCAAAGUUCAAACCUCUCCUUUAGGCCCCGCCCUCCUCAACCUCAAUGACCCCGCCCACUUCCCCGUUAGUUCCCUCACUUGUACAGGUGAAUAAAAUAAGUUGCUAAAUGUGAAAUGUUACUAAAGAAAAAAAAAAAUAACGUGGGUUUUAAAGUUUUUGACUAGUUUUAUUAGGUGUUUUAGAGUUGUGUUGAACUCAUAUUUCUCAUUUUUGUGACAGCAUUUUUUAAAUAUUUUUGUUUUGUUAUUUUUCACUGUAGCAGGAUUUGAUUUUGAAAAGAGAGUGAUUGGAGAGCAGAUAUUUCAAGUUUGUGUAUAAACCUGCCAAAUGUUCUUUUUAAUUUGUAAAGUCUAAGAAAUCCCUUUUUCGUUUUGUUAAAUAUAUUGUUUUAAAAUAUGGUCAAUCUAUUUAAAUUGGUUCCACAUACAGUAUUUAUGAAAUGAAGUAACAUUUUGGCUUAAGUUAAUCAGGGUGCAUUAUUAUUAUUAUUAUUAUUAUUAUUAUUAUUAUUAUUAUUAUUAUUAUUAUUAUUAUUAUUAUUAUGCAACAUUGC